UUACAAUCAUUUGUUGCACUGCGCCUCUACUUCCGUGGAGCAGAAUGGGACUGUUAACUGUUGUAGCUGCAGUUGCCGGUGCUGGCGGGGCAGUAGCAGCGGUUCCGCUGGUUUUGACGGCUGUCGGAUUCACAGCAACAGGAAUCGCUGCAGGUUCCAUUGCCUCGUCAAUGAUGGCUUCGGCCGCCAUAGCUAACGGUGGUGGCGUGGCCGCCGGAAGCGCUGUGGCUAUAUUGCAGUCUGCAGGUGCAGCAGGUAUUUCCACGGGGGCAACAGCCGCCAUCGCAAGUGUAGGAGGGGCAGUUGGUACCGCUGCUGCCCGGAUCUUCGCUGCUGUGAAAAACUGACCCCUCCAGCUCUACCACAACAACUAAUCUAAGGAGCUCACAAGAUAUAGUUUCUGUCUGAAAGGGUGUCAUGUAAUAAAUUUGUCUAUUUUUUUUUCUAAAUUCUGGCUGCUUCAAAUUCACAAAUGUAAAAAACAAACAAAAAAAAAAAAAAACAAAGAAACAUACAAAAACAAUUUAACUGCUUUCAGUUAUUAGUAAAUUCAGUACAUUUAAUAAAAGUCUUACUGAGCAGCAAAGGCCUGCACCAAAGAUAUGUUGUAACAGUUCUACAGAGCAGUGAUAAAUACUGGACAUGCAAAACUGUGUACCUCUGACACACAUUGUCUAUGACAAUUUGUAGUUUGGAAACAUCAGCUUCUCCACAUCAUUUGACAGAGCUGACAAUACAAAAUUAUGGCCUUUGAUAUUUUAAAUGGAUGUAGAAUUGAAACCAUUUCAGCAAAAAUGUAGGAAUCAUUCAGAAGUGCAGUUGGUCAUGGCUCCGAAAAUUUUAAUCAAAAUGAAAACGUGAGGAAUAAAAGUUUGUCCAAAC